UAGGCUGUCGGGUUCUUACAAAAGCCUAGGCUACACCGCGAUAAUCAAGAUGCUGACAGCACGGAGGAUUGGGGGCCCAUGCUCCCGGUGCAGGCAGGACCUGCUGCACCUGUUCGAGUAUGGUUUUGUCGGUCCCUCAGCUGUGCGGAGAGCCCCAGCCCACGCAGGGUUCGCGCCACUGCGAUCGUUCCACGCCUCGAGAAGCCGCAAACCCUCGCCACAACUGGCCCAACAACGACCCUUCUCCACGACCAAGCCAUCGGCGCGGGAUGCCACCCCCGAUGCCAGCCAGGACCCCAAGGACAUCGAGACCAUUGUUCGCCAGGCCAAGGCCCUCUUUGGAGACACCCUUCCCAAGGACUACCUCUCGCCCGAGGAGUACAAGGUCUACGAGAGGCUGUUUGGAGCCCCGCUACGAGAGACCACUCCUCAGGAUGUCGGCAUCCCCUUCAAAAACGAAACUAGCGGGCCAAUCCUCCUCAGAGAAGCGCCGAACGGGACAUUGGAGGAGGUUGAGUACGACUACGACCCCUCCACAAAUCCCGAGGCGCUAGAGGAAAACGAAGAGCUUGACCAGGAGGAAGAAGAUAUAUUCAUCUCGGAUGAGCAACUGGAGCUGGAGGAGGACGAUGCGGAUGUAGAGGUAAUGGGGGCCGACCUUCUGGCCGCGGAGGCAAUCAGAGAUGAUCUACCGACAGAUCCUAGACUGGAUUAUAUGGACGUCAUCGCAAAGAACGAACGCGAGUAUGAUGCACUGCUGAAGCUCAAGGCGGACUUCGAGGCUGCGAGCCUGCAGGCGAUAGAGGAGGAGGAACGACAGCGCAUCAUCGAGGCCGAAGCUCAGGCGACUGGAUCUGAGGGGGAGGUUGACUUCGCGGAGCUCAGCCACGAGGAGCUGGAGAGGCUGGCGUACCGGGACCAGAUUGUGGAGGAGUGGGAACAGUUCGACGACGGCAUCAAGGCCCAUGAGCUCACGGUCGAGGGACGAUUCCGCACCAGCCCGGCCACCAUCCAGAUCCCCAAGCAGGACUUUGUACAGCCCAUCACGGAGCUUCUAAAGAGGACGGACCCGACCCACCUCAAGGAGGGUGCCGAGGCGGCUUUCGGCGGCAGGGGCCUGCCCUUCUCGGCCCGCAUCCCACACAACAUGCUCGACGUGAAGCAGAUCGGCAUCUCGCUGCAGGCCAAUCAAGGGCACAUGUCCGAGAUUGAGGCGGAUGCGUACAUCGCCACGGUCCUGCCGACUGUCUACGCCACGGCGACUAGCAUCCUAGUCGAGGUGCGGAAGAGGCUAGGCACCGAGUGGCUCAGGGAUCUCCUGCGCAAGAACGACGGCUUGGGCCCGCGUGUCCUAGACGCAGGCGCGGCUGGAGCGUCCAUGCUGGCGUGGCAACAUGUCGUGCGGGCCGAGUGGGAGGCAAUGAAAUCCGAGGGAGAAGCACUGGCGGAUAGCGAGGCUCCUCUGGGGAAGAGGACUGUGCUUGUUGGCAGCAACUUCCUCCGGCACCGCGUCUCGACCCUGUUUGAGAACACAACCUUCCUCCCGCGGCUGCCCGACUACCUGCACUCGGCUGAAAAUGUCGAGAGGCAGCUCGACGCACCGGCGGAGCCCAGGCAGAGGAAGACGUAUGAUGUCAUCGUGGUGUCGCACAUGCUGAUGGCGCAGGCGAAGCAAUACAGGAGAAAGGAGCUCAUAGACAACCUCUGGGCUCACCUGAACCCCGAUGGCGGCGUUUUGGUCGUGCUGGAAAAGGGCCAUCCCCGUGGGUUCGAAGCCGUUGCCGAUGUACGCCAACGGAUGCUCGACGAGUUCAUCGUCGCACCUGGCGAAAAGUACAACCCCGAGGACCAAAUGGAGCCCGAGAACGAUGGCAGUGGCAACAAGCCCAAAGUCGUCAGGCGUAUCAAGGAGCCCGGCAUGAUCAUCGCCCCCUGCACCAACCACACCAAGUGCCCCAUGUACCCCCGCCCAGGGUACACGCACGGCCGCAAGGACUUCUGCCACUUUGGCCAGCGGUUCAUCCGCCCGCCCUUCUUCCAGCGCAUCCUAGGCGAGAGCCACGCCAAUCACGAGGACGUCAGCUUUAGCUAUCUCGCCCUCCGUCGCGGCGGCCACCGGGACCCCCGCGGCCCCGCCGACGCCAUGGGCGACCCGGCGGGCCCCUGGCAGGGCAAGGCGGCGGCGGACCGGGCGCACCGGGGCUACGGUGAAUCUGAGGAGGCCGAGGCCGAGGUGGGCAGCGACGGUGUGCCGCAGCGGCCCUCGAUGCUGUCGCUCCCGCGCAACAUCCGGCCGCCGCUCAAGGGCCGCGGUCACGUCACCAUGGACGUGUGCACGCCCGCGGGAGCCCUCGAGCGCUGGACGGUGCCCAAGUCCCUGGGCAAGCAGGCCUACCACGACGCGCGCAAGGUGCGGUGGGGCGACCUGUGGGCGCUGGGCGCCAAGCAGCGCGAGGCGCGGACGCCGCGGCUCGGGCGGCCGGGGGCCGAGCUGCUCACGGACUUGGCCAACCCGCUCGGCCCGGGCAAGGGCGACGGCGGGGUUCGGGCGCGGCGGGCGCUCGAGGACGCGGGGAGCGGCGAGUACGGCGGCGGCAAGCGCAAGCCGCGCGUCAUCGACGUGGAUCUAGCGUCGUCGGGCGCCAUCGCCGGCGCCUCGGAGCGCAUCCCGCGCAACCUGCGGCGGCCGGCCGAGCGCAGGACCAGGGGCGGCAGGGACGCGGCCAAGAAGGAGCUGGUCGAGUCGAUCCAGGCCGACCUCGACGAUGAGGACUCGGUAGACGGCCCGACGCUCAAGGUCCGGAAGGGGAGAGACGGCCGGAGGAGGGGUGGCGAGGAUCCUGACGACGGAAUGUAAGAGUACAUGGUUCAUGUAUGGAUGUACAUUAAAAAGGCAUGAUCAACUAUUGUACAAAAAAAAAAGUGCGUACAAGCCAUCUGUUGGAUGAAUUUGUUCUCCCCAGCGUCCCCCCCGUCUCUCCUCGGCCCUUCCCGGCCUCCCUUACGAC